AGGCUGGCUGGAACUUAGAGCUAUGAUUCCAGACCAACUGUAGGACCAGCUUUGACUUUUCACCUGAGUUAUUUGCUGCUGCCACUAUGAGCUGUGGCUCCAAGCAGCCCCUGAAGAGCUGCCUGAGGGGGAGCAGCGGUGGAGGGGGCAGCUCAUAUUCCUCAGCCUCCUCGAGGACAGUCACCUCCAGGACCAGUGGUGGUGGCAGGUUUUCUGGCAGCAGUUGUGGUGGAGGAAGCUCCAGGAGCAGCUGUGCUGGAGGAAGUGCUUAUGGCAGGCGCAGUAGCUAUGGAGGAGGAAUGAGCAGCAGCAGCUGGGGAGGGAGACUGGGUGGUGCGUGUCAUGGAGGGGGAAUGGGCCACAGCAGCAUGGGAACGGGCUUCAGGUCCGGGAGCGGCUUUGGGGGCGGUUAUGGAGCAGGCUUUGGUGGAGGAGCGGUUGGUUUCAGUGGUGGCAGCUUUGGCAGUGGUGGCUUUCAUGGAGGGAAUGUGGGAAUUCUCUCCUACGAUGAGAAGCUGACCAUGCAGAGCCUUAAUGACCGCCUGGCUUCCUACAUGGAGACAGUCAGGAAUUUGGAAAAGGAAAAUGCUCAACUUGAACAGUUAAUCAGGGAGUGGUACCAGAAGCAAGGUCCUAUUGGCCCAAAGGACUACAGCCACUAUUAUGGACAAAUUGAAGAACUUCAAAAGCAGAUUAUGGCUGCAGCUGUGGAAACCCACAAGGUACUUUUGGACCUGGAUAAUACAAAGAUGACUGCAGAAGACUUUAGAAUAAAGUACGAGAUGGAGAGCGGGCUCCGGCAGAACGUGGAGGGCGACCUCAACAGCCUGCGGCCCUUGCUGGAUAACCUGACCCUGACCAAGUCUGACCUGGAAAUGCAGUUUGAGUCUCUAAAGGAGGAGAUCCUCGACCUCAAGAAGAACCAUGAGGAGGAAAUGAAACUGCUGCAAUCCCAGUCCAAUGGGGAUGUGAAUGUGCAGAUAAACACUGCUCCAGGAGAGGAUCUGCUGAAAAAACUGAAUGAGAUGAGGCAAGAAUAUGAAGCCAUUAUUCAGAAAAACCGUGCAGAGGUUGAAAAGUGGUACGAAAGCAAGAUGGAGGAAGUGAGUCAACAAGUCCACUCAAGUAGCCAGGAAAUAGAAUCAAGCAACCAGCAGAUCUCUGUGCUGAGACGUGAAUUUCAGAGCCUGGAAAUUGAGCUGCAGUCGCAGAUCAGUCUGAUAGACUCUCUGCAAUCCAACCUGGAAGACACAGAACGUCGUUACAACAUGCAGCUGCAGCAGAUCCAGGCCAUGAUCGGGCCCUUGGAGGAGGAGCUGGCCAGCAUCCGCUGUGAGAUGGAGAGCCAGAACGAGGAGUACAAGAUGCUCCUGGGCAUCAAGACCCGCCUGGAGCAGGAGAUCCAGCAGUACCGGGCACUGCUGCAGGAAGGGCAGCACGGUAUUAGCACUUCACAGGGAGGAGCUGGUGGUGGAUCUUCUGGAGGAGGAGGUCAUGGAGGAAGUAGUGGAGGAGGAAGCUGUUGGUCCUCUGGUGGAAGAAGCAGUGGAGGAAAAACUGGAGGAUCCUAUGGAAGAUCUUCCUCUUCUGAAAGCGGAGGAGGAGGGAGUGGAGGAAGAACAGGAGGUGGAACCUGUGGUAAAACUUCAGGUGGAGGAGGUGGCAGCAGUGGAGGAGGAGGGGGUAAAUCCUGCCUCUCCCGCUCUUCAUCUUCCCAGUCCCAGCCUGGCGACUCUUGUGAAAGCCCAGGAAGUGCUGAAAACAUGAAGCUCUGCCUGGAAGGAAAUAAAACACUGGAGAGAGGAGCAACCAUGGAGGAAGUGUCUGAAGCCAUAAAACACAUGAGACUGGGGAGUCUUAGAAAGGUUGAGGAGUGAUCAGCAAGACCAGCAUCUUCCACUGCAUGUCCUCCCAGUGAGGCCUUUGGACCAAGCAAGACUCUACUGAGCAUGGCUGAACAUCCCCUGCCACGAGCAGGAGCGAACACUUGUCCAACUUACUCAACACUGCUCACUCCAGGGGCUCGUCAGAGCUCUCUGCAUGUCCUGUCUGCUUCUUCCAUCUGUGUUUCUGCUCCAAAUCACUGUUACCUGAGUUAAUCUCUACCGUGAUUGGUGUUCCUGUGGAAUAAAUGCUAAUAAAUCUUUGCUUCUCUCUGAUGCAACCA